AUGGUUUGGACACCAUUAAGUUAUCAGGAUAUUCUACCAUUACCGAACAUGCAAGCCAAUGUUACAAGCUAUAUUCCAAUCACUAAUCACUUCACUCCUAUCUAUGAAGGUAUCAAAGUUAUUGAUACUGUAACUUGGAAUGCCGAUAAGAGUACGAUAUCAUUUGGUACCAAGUUUAUUAAGUUCACUAAGAAGAAUGCAAACUUCUUUGAAAUGAUUACAUACUGUAACUCAUUCUCUUUGGACCCUAACAUCUAUAGUGAUUUGGUGACAAGAUAUUCGGCAAAGACUCUAAACUUCCCAAUCAAAAGAAUUGACUGCAUUACUAUGGAUGGUUCAAUGGCUAAAGGUGAAGGAACUCCUUGUACAUUCACGGCAGCAUUUACUCCAUUAUAUGUGAACACCAUUUAUACACUAUUUAAGAAAACACCUAAUUAUAACACUACCUAUGAAAAUCCAUUGUUUGAACAAAUUCAAUUGAACUGUGGAGCAUAUGGUAACAUACCCGCUGAGGCUCAAGCAUCUAAUGAUCCAAUCUUCUAUGAGAUGCAGGCAAAUGCCACUAACAAUAAUAACGAUACUGUUGGCUUCAACUAUGAUGUCAUGAGGUCUAUCACAACCACAUCAGUCCCUCAAUUUGGAAUCGAGUCAAAUGACUUAGGUCAUUACCUAUGUGGAUUCCCUUGCGAAACUGAUUAUACAUUCCAACAGGGUCAGUUAUCUAAUUCACCUAUUACAUAUAAGCUUACAGUUAAGCCAACAGCAGAGUCUAUUAAAUAUACUGAGAAACCAGUGUUAUGCUUCUUACGUCACGUUUGCCUCUCCAUACAGAUUAAACCUGUGGGACCACCUAUCGUACUUCUCGACGAUUAUGAUUUAUCAGCCCCUGCUAGUGAAUAA